UCAUCACGUAUUAAUUAGACAGAUUUUGAUAACGUUUCAUCUUCUUUUCUCGUAUAUUCUCAUUUAAUAUAAUACGAUGGUAUAGAAUAAUGUUUAAAACUGUUUUGUUUCUACUUAGCUGUAUUUUUAUGCUGGUAACAACUAACCCUUUGCAAGGAUUUUAUUCUUAUCCUUUUAUCCAUCACCAAGACGACUUCAGGUAUGAACGACCAAUCCUCGUACAGCCAAGCGAUUUCAUCUCUUAUCCUCAGUUAUUUUUGAAUCAAAAUCAAUUGCCACCAAGCCAGAACACCAUUACUUCAUAUAAUGACUACUUGCAACAAAUAUAUUUACAGAAUUAUCUACAAAAAAACUUAGCGGAAGAUCAAAAUGGCUUUAAAAUUAAACAUUAUGCUUCAGAUACUGCAGCUUCUCUUACACCUAAUGUGGCCAAAAACUAUUAUCUAAAUUUAGUAGCUGGAAAUAUACUUAAAAAUAAAACUAUAGAUUGUAAAAGAGAAGGCAAAUGCAAAACAAGAGUAAGUAAUAAAGGCACACCCAGAACCGACGCUGAACAGAAAACAAUUAGUAAAUGUAGAAAGAAAAAUAAUUCAAAAAAUAAAAUUGAUAACAGAGAUAGAAAUAAAUGUUCACGAAAAGCAAAAAAUGUAGUCAAUAAUAAUAAGUUUUAUACUAAAGAUGUGAAAGAAUGCAAAGGAAAUGGACUUAGGAAUAAAUCUCAUAUAUAUUCUAGACCCACAGAAAUAGAUGUUUCUGUCGAUCUUAAAAAACAGACCAGUGCCAAAAACUCCUACAUAAGAACUGCGCAAGUCGAAAAUACAAAUAAAAACAUCAAGUUAGAAAAGGGGCUUAAAUGUAUUGACAAUGAAGAUUUAGCUCCGGAAGUAUGUAAAACCGAUAAACGAAGCAAAAAUAAAUCAAAGCAUUGUAGAAAAGAAAUGACAAAAGAUGUUUCUUAUAAUUAUGGACAGAUAAAAGAACUAGAUGAUUAUUUUAAUAUAAAUGAGGAUUGUGCCUAUCUAGACAAUAGAUGUACUCGUAAUGAUGACAGUGUUAAAAAAUAUCAGCAAAAAUAUAACCCGCCGAGUGAUUUUUCUUAUAAUAUGGCACCCUAUAUGACAAACUUUGAUUAUUUAUAUAAUAUGCAGCAAUUUCCGUUCGCCAAUUCUAAUAUUUCACAAAGAAGACCAAUAAAUAGAAGAACGAAUAGAAGGAAAAAACAGAAAAAAAGUAAUAAAAAGAACUGCGAUCAAGUUAAGAUAGAUUUUCAACAAGCUGGCUGUGAAAAAAAAGUGGAUAUAUAUCCGAAAUUAGAUAAUGUUGCAAGAAGUGAACUUGCCUCUACAGUAUCGAAUAAAGAAGAAGAAUCACAAAUAGAAAAAACUUGUAAGGCAAUCUCUGAAGAAUUAAAUGUAGAAAUUAAAGAAUCAUUUAAAGACACUGAAAAUUCAAAGGUAAAUCUUCCAAAUGAUUCUUAUGAAUUAAAUCAUAAAGCAAUUUUUGAUGAGACGUUAGAUGACUAUUAUCCUGAGUUUCAUUCCGAUAAUUUUUAUACAAGUAAAGAAGAAUAUGACUGGAGUAAUUUUCGCGAUAAACAUUAUUAUUCUUCUAGCGAUAUGGGUCAGUUAGGUAGAGAAAGAAGAAAGUAUGAUAGCACAGAUGAUAUCCCUACAAACCAAAAUGGCAUACUUGCUAAGAAUAAUCUUGAACUCAAACCAGCUACUAAUAUUAAAAUUGAAAAUAAGGACAUGGAACUUUUAACAAUCAAAGUACAUAAUAAUAAUGUCAAUCAGAAAAUGACAUCUGAGGACGUACAAUUUAGGACACCUCCCGCACUUGAUUUUCCAGAUUUUAAAACAGAAAUGAUAAACAAGGACCGGAAUAUACCAUUAGCAGAAAUCUAUUACCAACCAAAUAAGAUAACAGUUAACAGAUAUAAUAAUAAUAAAAUUUCUACGUUUUCUAAUGCGAAGAAAGUCGAAUCGAAUGAAAAAAGGCAUAAAAUAAUUGACCAAAAUUAUGUUGAAACUGUUUUAGGCCAUUCUAAAGUGGCUAAAUAUGGUACUCCACCAGUUAAUUCCCCGGAUUAUAGUGACGAGGAACUCAAAACUCCUAAAAAUAGUGAUGGGAAAACUAUUGUGGUAAUAGCUAAAUCUUUGCCGUAUCCAAUAUAAUAAAUCUUGAUAACCAUA